AGAUUUUAAACUGUUAUUAAAAUUGAUUCAUGGUUAUUAUUACAUUAUUAUUGUUUUGUAUUCUUGCCUGCAAGAAAGAACUCUGCAAUGAUCAUUUCUGAGAGGGGUAGCGGUCCAGCAUCAAGCACCUUUCCUCUGGCAAUGAUAAACUGCGAACCGUCAAACCGGAGGAUUUCUUCGUGACAUAAUCUGAGCUCAGGGCAGAUACCGAAUUACCCUGUCAGAUCCUCCCUUUCUGCAUCUCGCAUUUUCUUUUUAAAACUUUUGCCAGGACAAAUGUUUUUUUUUAAAAUAUAUAUCGAAGCACAGUGAAAUGAUGGUAGAAGGCAGGGAAGCAUCGAAAUCACGACAAAAAGCUAAGUGUGUGAAUCAAGUGUGGUAGAAACACAGAAAGCAUUCAUUCGUAAAAAUAUUGUAGAUUUACUGCUGUGAACAUCUCAAGAAUUACAGCAGGGUUCCAUAGCUCUGGUCUCUUUAAACGCCUGUAGGAAUUAAAAGCCAGUUGGAUAGAGACGAGUUCCAUAUAGGCCUUUAAAGAUUUGAUAUAACAUUUCAUAUAAAAGGGGCAUUAUGCCUGAUAGAUUAUCGCAGUUUGGUUAUUAUUUUCAAAUUACACACUGUUCCAUGUUAUUCUUGUACCCGAAUAUUCCUUUUAAAACACAUUCAGUAACUGGGACACCUCAGGUGUACUGAACCAUGUGAAUAUGUAUGCAAAACACAGAAAUAUUCUUAACCCCAAGCCCAACCGGUAGAUAAGGAUUCUUUGCAUCGGUACACAAAACUGACAAAAGAGUUAUUGCUUUCAUGACAGUUUCUUUUACCAGAAUUUGUGCGUCAUGCGAAAUUGCUGUUUGUUUAAACGUUUUCUUCUUCUUGUGGAGUUCCGGAUCUUUGCUAUAUACUGUAUGUACAGUGUAAGCUCACUUCCCAUACAUUGAAAAACUAGUGCACUGCUGUGUAUCUGUUUUUCGUUUGAGUUUACGAAGAAAAACGUAAGGCUUUGCAGGUGUAUCUCAGCAGUUGUUUUACCUAGUCACCGUUUCUGUUUUUAAAUGUUAGCAAUUUUUACCAAGACCAUAUCAAAUUUAAGCUUCUACUUAAUAUAGCUUUACAUCUUAGUAUUUGCAUUUUAAACUAUAAUACUUUCGAUUUAAAGCGUGUCACCUGUAAUCAAUGAAAAUAAAAGAAACGUUUAAAAAGCAAGAACAUUAUUUUUUCCCUUGCAAUAGCCUUAACAUCUAAUGCGGAGAAAUACAGCGAGGACAUGGACAGUUCCGACAAGUUAAAAACGUAUUUUCUAACGGCUUAUGAAGACGUCAAAUGAAAAUAGUAAAUCUGUAUUUGUAAUCCAUUAUCAUCCCUCAUAUACAUGUAUUUUGAAAUGCGACGUUCAAAUUUCAAUUCGCAACUCGAAUUUAUCCCGAUUUACAGACACGUGUAUCCCGUUCAGUCAACAGCUUCAAACUAAGAUUUUGCAAGUAACAUUACUGCUACUUCAUCUUGGACAGAGAUACAUUUGUUAAAAUCUGCCUUGAAAUGCCUUUAGACGCUUCAUGACUUCCUGCGUCGGAAACUUCGUGAAAAUAAAACUAUUUCAGCGUUGGCGUUUAGGGACCAAGAAAAUGCAAACUAUCUAAAAAGUCCCACCUGUAACUCACAGCUUUUGAGGAAAUGAAAACGUUAAAACUUCCCGGAGAAAGCUCUUCUCUUUUUUUUUUUGCGUGUUGAAAACUUUGCUCGGUUUUUGUGGGAUUUCCUAAUGGGUUGCUCCACCCAAAAAGGAUAAGGGGAGUGAGAGAGAUUAGGCGGCUGAGGGAAAAAAAAAGGAUAAAAACUAUUUCCCAAGCUCUCCGGAGUCCGAGAGUAAAGUCCUGAGUGUGUUUAAUGACAUGGCAUUUUAAGAAUGUUCCAAAGAUGGCGGUGGCAACAGCAGUUCCGACAAGCAGGGUUCAGAAAAGUGGUUUUUUAGAAGUUUUGGUCCGGGAUCGGUGGCACAAAGUUCUCGCCAGUUUAGGCGAAGAAGCCCUCACGCUGAGCUACGAGGAGCCCGGGGAGAAUGUCAAUCUGAAUGGCAUCACCAAUGGAUCAUACGGGGGUCACCCCGAUCCCACGAACAGCCCCAAAGCCCCUGUCAGGACAGCUUACACCGAUUCACCCGAGCAAGUGCCGGAGGCGAUAGCUAACAGAAAGAGAAUCGUCAAAGUCAUAAAGCAGGAGGUCGGGGGACUGGGGAUCAGCAUUAAGGGGGGCAAGGAAAAUAAGAUGCCGAUACUCAUCAGUAAGAUCUUCAAGGGUCUAGCCGCGGAUCAGACCCAGGCGCUGUAUGUCGGGGACGCGAUCCUGUCGGUGAACGGAGUGAAUCUCCGGGACGCCACUCACGACGAGGCGGUGCAAGCGCUGAAGAGGGCUGGAAGAGAGGUGACGCUGGAAGUGAAGUAUAUGCGGGAGGCGACCCCUUAUGUGAAGAAAGGCUCUCCUGUGUCAGAAAUCGGAUGGGAGACCCCCCCUCCUGAGUCCCCUCGGCUUGGCGUCACAUCCUCCGAGCUUUCUUCUCCCCCAGUGGUGUCCCUUCAGGGUGACAGGCGAUACAUCCCCUUGAAAAUGUGCUAUGUGACACGGAGUAUGACUACUCCAGACCCUGAGAACAGGCAGUUCGAACUUCACUCCCCUGAUGCCAAACACACUGUGGUCUUGCGAUGCAAGGAUACGGCUACAGUGCAGGCCUGGUUUAGUGUGGUGCAGUCCACUGCUGCACAGUUUGUUUCCAAGGCGAUAGCAGAGGUCAAAGAGCAGACAGGAAGAACAGGGAUUGCCGGGAGUAGAGAAAUCUGCCACCUUGGUUGGCUUGCAGAAAAAACAGAAAAUGAGAAGCAACGCUGGAAGCCAGUCUUGGUGGUUGUGACAGAGAAGGAUCUUCUCCUGUACGACAGCAUGCCAAGGAUGAAAGAGGCCUGGUUCAGCCCUGCACACACUUACCCUUUGCUCGCGACAAGGCUUGUCCACUCUGGUCCUGACAAAGGGUCUCCUCAGCCAGGGCUGGAGCUCUCUUUUGCUACAAGGACUGGCACCAGACAGGGCAUUGAAUCUCAUCUCUUCAGAGCAGAGACCGGCAAGGACUUGUCCAUGUGGACGAGGCACAUUGUCAAUGGCUGCCACAAUUCUGCUGAGCUCAUUAGAGAGGUCACAACCAGCUGCGUGUACAAGAACCAGGAGUGCCGCCUGACCAUUCACUAUGAGCAGGGCUUCUCUGUGUGUGCGGAGCUGGACAAUGGCUCCUCAUUAAAACCACUGUUUCGUUACCCCUUUGAGAAGCUGAAAAUGUCCUCCGACGACGGCGUGAGGAUGCUUUACUUAGAUUUUGGUGGCAAGGAAGGUGACAUUCAGCUGGACCUUCAUUCUUGUCCGAAGCCCAUCGUUUUCAUCCUUCAUUCCUUCCUCUCAGCAAAGAUUGCAAGGCUUGGCUUAGUAGCAUGAAAGAGAGCCAAUGUGGACUGUUGUCUCAUCAGAGUAACUGUGAAGUAAAGUACAUCGCUUGGGAAAUGAAAGGCUCAAAGUCACUGCAUACCAAACAACUGAUCUCCGGUGGUGUCGUAACAUCUACAAUUCAAAUGCCCACAAUUCAAAAUGGAUUGUGUUCCAAACAUUAAUACUUAAAAAUCUAUUCAAAGAAAACAAAUACAACACACAAACAUUGUUCACAUUGAAAAUUUUCUUUAUUGCUUGAAAAGUAUUUCUUAAAAGAAGACGUCUUUAUGGUCUAUCACCAUGUCAAAGGAAGGAAAUUGUAACACUAGUCAGUUCUACUGGAAUUAUUUUUUAGCAAUCAUUCUGCUAUGACACGUUUUUGGUCAAUUUUGAGCACUAACCGUAAUUUGUGAUACUAGUGAGGCUAAAAACGAAUUUAACUUUGUAUGCUAUCUCAAGCUUCAGCAAACAAUUGUUACAUUAUCGGCAGCUAAUAUGAAACAAGAAGGUAAUUUUUUUCUUUAUUAAUACGCUUAAAUUAUAAUUGAAAGAUUUAUGUUUUCCACCUAUUUACUGUGUUUCCUAGAGAACUGCACCGGCUUAUAUGUACUGUAAAGAAUAAUAUAGCUCAGUUUUAGUUUAAUUAAAGUUAACCUCUUGUGCUACCCCUUUACCAAGAAGCCUUUGUGACUGAGAAUCUUCUUUUUCCAGUCUCCGGAAAGAGCCAGCAUUGUUCUGGCACAGGUAAGGGGUGCACGCAGGUAAGGGGUGCACGCUGUAUCUGAAUUUCUGAAAGUCCUGUGUUAGAAAGCUUCUGUGAAAUUGUAAAUAUUCCACUAGCAGGAUAUAAGCUCGUUCUUUCCAAUUAAAAGGGGGAAUCAUGACAAUUUACUCUUUCAUUUAAAAAGCAGUCCAAAGUCAGCCAUGCAUGUUCUGGUGUGAACUACCCCAUGUUGUUCAUGAGAAAUUUACAAGGAAAAGCCACAGUUAGGAAAGGACAAAAGGAUGUUGAACAUCUUCGCUGCACCAACCAAGUUUUUAUAUGUUAGCUUGUCAUGUGAUGGCUUCCCCAGCACUUUAAAAGCAUCAUGCAUAUGUUCUGCAGUUGCUGUAGUAAUGACUGAAAUAACUUUGGCCAAUUAAAGAAUUUCAUGUUAAUUAGAAGGUAGUUACUACUGAACGUUUUAUGAAUCUUUGUUAACGUGCCAUUUCAUCAAAGGAUUUGAAAAGAAACAAAUGAUGCAGUUUAUGAGAGAUUUAUUGUUUAUGUACAUUUGAACGCUUGGGAAGGUUUCUUGGUAAUCAGCAAUUACUGUUGGCAGCCAGUUGAGUUUGUUGUGGGGAGCAGGUGUUGGCAAUACUCUGUACCAGUUUUGGGAGCCAUUACUGGUCCAGAACCUUAACCACAGUGGGAAUUGCAAUGGAUCUUGGGUGUUUGAUUUACCUGCGCUCUCACCAGAGUGUGUCUCUAGCCGUAGUCGUGAGGACCUGAUGUAUCUGAUUCAGCUUCAUGCACUUGUCUGACAGUGCCUAUUGUGUAUGUGAUGUCAACACACACCGCAAACAGGCCGAAAUCAAGCACUAAGAUAAACACUUGAAAGCACAAUAAAAUGUGUAUAGCAUUUAAAAUGAACACAAAUGUGCCUUUCAGCUUUCAGCCUUGAUUCAAGUUUCCAAAAGAAGUCCACAGCCUGCUGGUGCCCAUCAACGUCUAAUGAGUGUGACUAUUAAACAUGCGUAAUAUGUCAUGGCUGACACAGUACCCUACACCUCUCACCCCUGAGCAUUGACGUGUGCUGUUUUUACACACGGUUUUAUUAAACUGAAAUCAAGAAGAGUUUUCCCCAUACACUAAAGUGGUGCAAUUUUAUUUACAACUCAAGAUGUGUGGUGAGAUUUAAGUAGCAACAUAGCUUCUUCAUCAAAUGAAGGCAAAGGCCACCACCUUAAGCAGUCCCUUCAGUUGUAUCAGUAAUUUAGCAUUACUUUCCUUUCAGUGGUAGCUGAAUCAUGAUGUCUUUAUAGCUAGAAACUACAUAAAUACAACAUGCGUAUCCCACCUGUGCAGCAAUGGAAUGGUAAACAAUACACAUUAUUAUGGUGAACAGUGUUUCCAUCUGUAAAAGUUUAAACCAAGGGUUUUCAAUCCUGGUUCUGGAGGACUGUUGUGUUUGCAAGUUUGCCAGUUCUCUUUAGAGCACCGGCACUUCGAGCUCCAGGAAGCUGUUAAACUGCUCAGGUUGAGACAAAAGGAAGCUGAUUCAGGUUAAGGACCUGGUUCGGCUUAACAGCUUUUCUCAACUCAUCAGGUGCUGGGUCUCUGGUGGACCUGAAAUCACACUAGCGCCUCAGGACCAGGACUGGGGAGCCUUGUUAUAACUACUUCCAGUGAAUUCCUUACAGAUUCCUGGAUUGUACAAUGGAAUUAGAUUCUUUAAAGUGUUACAGAAAAUGUUUUACAUAAGGUAUGAUAGCUUCUUUUCCAGCAAUAGUGCCAUGUAAUGGGUUUCUUUCCAUACAGCAACACUAAAUUGUUGUAUAUGUCAUGAUCAACCAGCCAGCUCUUUGGCCUGUUAAAAAUCAAUGCAUAAUCAUGCUUAAAUCUCCUGUUGUAUAAAAAAAAAGAUCUUAGUUUUUGAAUUGCAACCACUUGAAUGUAAAUUAUAGCUGACAGGUUUUAAGAUUUACUGUGUAAAACUAACGCUACUGUCAUAGAUUUGUUGAUCAAAUUAGUUUUUUAAAAUAAAACUAAACAUUGUUAUCCAUUGACUGCUGUGGUUUAAACAUACUCUUUUUGCCUUUUCCUUGUCUAAAAAAUGAUCUGUGGGCAAACAUUUCUGCACUGUAUAUCUUGAACCUGGUAGCAUCUAUUAAAGAGGUACUAUAUGAAGGAAAAAGGGGGAGACCAUUUGGAGGGUUACCAGGUGUCACUUAUCAAGUGCGAUAUGCAUGGGAAUGUCAUCUUGAGCUAAACUCCUUAAAAAUGUCACAGACUGCACAAAUCUCUCUCCUGGGAAGUAAAAGAAGGUUGCAAGGGAAACCAUUCUUUGCGACUUGUUGCUGCCCCUGUCCCCCUUAUUUUGAUUGAUUUUGAAUUUUACUCUUCAGGAGUCAAAUGUUGGCUGUCCUGUCAUUCAGCCCAUAUUGCUUCUUGAGGGAUUGUGCAGUGUCACCUUCAGUUAUGUGGCUUCUUGUUUUCUGCCUUGAUAAAAAGGAGUCAUCUAGGCUUCCAAGUGGCUCACAUAGUAAAGGUGCCCCAUCUGCAAGGAGACUAAGCUCUCUGGUGCAGAUGUUACUAGCUGACAGAGAUUGGGAUUUCCCAAGCGGCAGGACAUACAGUAAUUGUCUCAUUGACACCAGGGGAUUUACUCAACCAGGCCACUCUGAGCUCCCAGCAAAAUACCAACCCCUAUGAAUCCCCAUGUGCCUGCAGUCUUGCUGUAAAGUCAGUAAGGGAUACACCUCCCCGUUCUGCACCUCCAGGUCUUUGGAGAGGUCAAAAGAUGAAAGGCUGAAUUCGGGAGCAGGCUGGAGAAACCUGUGCAUUUCCACAUCCUCCUUAUGUGUGUACAGAGGUUGUCACUGUGAGCAGUGUGAUGGCAGUAAAAUAAUGAGCAUUUAAAAAAAAACAACAACAAAGGAGUCAUUAACCAUGUCAACCAUUAUAUUCUGUCUGCUUCUGUUGCCUCAUACCUCCUUGUCACUUUAUGUUCUUAGACAAAAAAAUCUUACACGAAAGGUGCUCUUUUACAUUUAUUAGCUAUUCAGUGCAGUGUGUAUCUGGAAAGUGGGCAGGAAAAUCAUUUCUUGAUCCUAUUCCAGGAAAACAGAUGGUUCAAAUGUUUGCUUUUGCUUGCCAAAAUAACAAUGUUGGAGACAUUUGGUGACUGGAAUAGUGUAUAAGUUCAUGUCAAUAAAAGGUGACAUUCUGAUUAAA